AUGUACUCCGCCAGCCAGAAGACCUGCCACGCAGCGACCAAGAGGUGGACAGUGUAUAACCUGUCAGCGAAGUAUGAAAGCACCAACAGCAAACUAUGUGGGACACACGCGUAUGCGGAUCAAGUUUUCGCUUGCUGCCCGCCUACACCCAUCUGUUUGGCCUGGUGGACAAUUUUCGUUCCAUUGGAUUGUGUUUCUAUGUCUUCAUCGGGCAAGCUUGAUCCGCAGACUAAGGAGUACAAGUCGUUAAACGCAGCUUUAGGAGAGCUACACUACGAACUACUGCUGUGUUCAGUUGAUAAUACCAGUUCGCCAAGUACCUCAUCAGGACAUCGGCAUGGGAGUGGAAGCAACCCCAUCAACACCAGCAGUGGGUCUAGUGCCGGUUACACUACCUUUGCCAAUUGGUCUUUAUCCUGCUUCCGAAAACAGCAGCCUACUAAGGACUACCACUACCUAGAAUUGUUUGUUCAACAUGUUUCCAAACGUUGUCUGAAGCCGAUUGACACCAAGGUAUCGUCAUGUCCCACAUCUGAGCUUCAUUUGAAACAAUCCUGUUUGGAUAUAAAGGAGGAUUUAGCCAUAACGCGCACAAUUGAGUUCCUGCAACUGGCCUGGAUUAGUGGGCGGCUACGAAAUCUUGGUACAGAUGAUUUCACCAGGUUACUUUCCCCACUUGCAGAGCACAAACUAAUCCACCUGCAAUCUCACGAUAUAAAAUUAAAAAUUGGAAAAAAUCGUUCAGCUGUAGCACGCUUUCAGUGCCUAACUUCCAUGUCACCUGAAGGAAACACGAGGGCUGUCAGGUUGCCCAAGCUAGGCACAGGUCGGGUUCGAACCACGUACCGUCCGGUCAGUCAAAUCGCGCUCUAA